UUUAUGUGGCUGGACAGCCUUGCUUCCGAUGCUGUUCACGCAAGAAUUCUACAUAUUCUCACUUGCAUCGAAAUUCCACUUCAUACCUUCGGUGCCUACCUGAUUGUAGUGAAGACUCCGAAAAAAAUGAAAAUGGUUAAAGCUAGCAUGCUCUGGCUUCACUUUACUGGAGCAUUGGUUGAUAUUUUUAUGAGCUUUAUUGGAAUCCCAGUGAUCAUUUUACCGGCUUGCUCUGGGUACCCAUUGGGGGUCUCAUUACUUUUAGGUAUUCCGACGUCAGUUUUGCUUUACAUUGGGAUUUCUUGUGUUGGAGUAAUUGGUGUAUCUGUCCUUACCUUCCUUGAAAACCGGCAUCAUCAACUAAUCAGAGGAUCUUCUGAACCAAGAUCCUGGAAGCAAAUGCUAUAUAUCCUAUUCAACUACCUCGUAUCUAUAACAUUUAUAGCUCCAGCGUUUUUCAACAUACCUAGUGAAGAGCAAGGAAGGGCAUAUACUUUUGAGAAUCCGUCUUCCAGAAAAUCCCCAACAUACCCAACGAUAUUCCUUUUCGCCCUGGAUUCUUCGCCCUAUCAACUGACAACCAAGUCUACAGCAUUUGCAUUAUUUCCCUUAUCUUCGUAGUCUGCCCACAAAUUAUACUCUUCGUCUUGUUAAUAUUCCGAUAUCUCACCCAAACUCGAUCCCAGUCCCCGGCAACACUUCGCUUACAACUUUUAUUUUUCAUUGCUAUGUGUUUCCAGCUAUCUAUACCGUUUUUAGUAAUCUUUUUACCGGCGGCUUAUAUAGUUUUUGCAAUUCAAUAUGAUUAUUAUAAUCAAGGAGCAAACAACUUGUGUAUGGCGGCAAUUACAUUUCACGGAGUUUGUACUACAUUAGUCAUGAUAAUCGUGCAUAAACCUUAUCGUCAAGCAACUUUUAGCAUAUUACACUUGAAAUCGGUUCGGCCAUUGAAAACUGAGAAUAAUUCUAGACCAUUGUGGAACACACUGAGAAUGGCAUAAAACAUUUGCAUCGAGAUAAUUUAAACUACUGUCUUGCUGUUUUUAAUACAAUGUGUUGCGUAUUAAUAAUAUAUGUAUGUAUA